AUGAGCAAUUCAUACGGAGGCGGCGGUGGCGGCGGCUACUCGCGUACAUCAUAUGGCGCCGGCGGCGCUGAAGAUGGAGGCGGCUUCAUGUAUGGCGGAUCUCAAGGCGGCAGUCAAAGCGCAGGAAAGGGCUACAGCGAUGAAUCCCUCCGUCCCGUAACCAUCAAGCAAAUCAUCGACGCCCACCAAGCCUACCCCGAAGCGCCCUUCCGCAUCGACGACAUCGAGGUUUCGCAGGUGACCUUCGUGGGCAUGGUGCGCGCCAUUAGCCCCCAGACCACCAAUACCACAUUCAAGCUCGACGACGGCACGGGCAUGCUCGAGGUGAAGCAAUGGCUCGACGUCGACAAACAGGACGACAGCAAGCCCUCCUUCGCCCUCGACCAGUACGUGCGCGUCUGGGGUCGUCUGAAGAGUUUCAACAACAACCGCCACGUCGGCGCCCACGUCAUCAAGCCCGUCACCGACUUCAACGAGGUCAACUACCACCUGCUCGAGGCAACGUAUGUCCAUCUCUUCUUCACCAAGGGCGCGCCCGGUGCUGCUGGUGGUGACGCUGGCGGAGACGGGGAUAGCAUGUUUGUCGAUGGGGGCUAUGGAGGCGGUGCCGAUGGCGGGGGGGCGAGCGAGGACAAGUUGAGGAAUAUCUCAGCGAAGGGCAAGAAGUUUUAUCAUUGGCUCUUCAACGCUAAUGGUGGGAAUGAGGGUCUCAACGUGCACGUCAUCUCCCAGGGCACUGGCAUGUCUAUACAGGAUGUUCUAGCAGCUUCGGAGGAGCUCAUUUCGCCGGGACUGAUCUAUACGACUGUUGAUGACGACACUUUCGCGAUUCUGGACAAUUAA